CGCAUGCUCUCGUCGGCAGACUAUAUACUCGCAAGCUUAAUUCUUUGUGGGAGUGCGGAUCCGACAUCUGGCAAAGUGCGAGGCAUCAAGCUCAGCAAUCCGCAUGUCAAGGCCCAUAACUAUUAUCGCGCUAGACAGCUCGCUUUCUCAAGUUAACCUCUGGACCCUCUUCACACGCGCGCCCCAUUUCCCGCAGAGGACCCGAGAUUUCCACGUUCCCCCGCCGUUUCUGGGCAACUGACGUAUUGCCACUGCACGGAGGAUCACCCUAUAGCUGCACGUGAUGGCAAACUCGGAACAUCCAUCUGCGACGGGAUGGCAGCCUCUACCGAAAGGAACGCACGGCGUCGCAGUAUGCCCUUUCAUUCCCACGCAGCAAUUCACUAAACCCACUUUAUCUAUCGGCACGGCAUCGUCGACCGCAUCUAUACCAACGACUAGCACGAGUACAGUGACACUAGAGGAGCUUGUUCCUUUGGAGCUUGGGGAUGCUGUUCACAUCUUAGAGCGCUGUGACGGCUGGCUGCGUGGUUAUGUCUUUCCGACUUUAUCGAGGGAGGCUGGCACCUACCUCGGCGUAUUCCCUGCUAGUCACAUCUAUUCGAGAGCCCUCAGAGCCAAAAAGGCUACCUCUGAAAGUGAUUCCUCGGACGAUACUAACAGCAAUGCUGUCGCGUCAGCCAUUCCGAGUGCGAUAGCCGCCCAGGUUGGCUUUGACGCCUUCGGACGACCACUACUGCAGAGGACGGCGACGGCUCCUAUGCCGCACGUAUCGCCGGGUUCUUCGAUUCAGGGAAUGGAGGGGAGUGCUCGGCCUAUGUCAUAUGCACCAGGGUUUGCUGUUGGCGCACGGAGAGUGCUACAUCCCAUCCCCGCUGCCGUCCGCCCGGAUUAUGAUACGAGUGCUGGUCACAAGGAGAUUCUGGUGGACGAAAUCGCGGCAGUCCUACGGGACUGGGGUGCUUCGCUGACCGCCCUAUUGGAAUCGCAUCAGUACGACGUCUUCAAAAGAGUUCACAAACUGUUCCAUGUCCUCUCACAAGGUCGCCGCACAUUGCUCUCACAAACUCUGGAUCCAUCAGAAUUGGCCGUCUUUAAGAAGCGGCUUAUUGCUGUCAUGGAGGAAGGAAACUCAUUACAGGGCUCUGAUCUCGUCAUAAGACACCCUGAGAAGGGUCACAUCCUCUCGGAACGCAACACUACAAUUGUGCAUAUAUACCGCAUGCAUAUGCUUCACGCCCAGAAGCGCCUGCAUGACAAAAAUCGCGAUGAGUCUUCCGAUGUAUCCGCCGCGAACAGCAUUCCACAAUAUGCCGAUGUUGAGGAGGUCAUUUCGCGCUUCACCUGCAUCUUCUUCGAGCUACGGUCAGCAUCGGGCUCCUUUUGUCUGGUCGGCGAGUUUGUUGAACUCCGGUUCUCAUUAUACCACCAUACCGAGAAGCGGAUGCUGUCGGAAGAAUAUGUCGUUCAUCUCAACAGUUUCGGCAUCCCGGUUUCGAAGCAUGUGAGGAAUGGGAAGCUCAAAACGAUCUUUGCGGAUAUCCCGCAUCGAGAUGUCAAUGUCAACGUGUUCCUACUUUGCCGCUUAGUCCGCGUGGGCAAAAUGACAAUGUCGGAGAGAGACACAGAGCGUGCAGACAAAGCCCACGGUUCGAAUUCGGGGAUAGGGUCGUUGGGCAGCUCCUCUUCAUCGAUAGACCUUCCGAGUCUGGUCGCUGCGCAAGGCGGCGUUUUGACACCGUACCGCAGGCCGCUUGGCUGGAGUGUUAUUCGAAUAGGCGACUGGAUCAAGUUGGCUUCCGAGCGAUCGAAGGAGAUAUCCAUGCGAAUCUACGCACCCACAUCCGAAAGCAGCUUCUCGACGCUCUACGAAAACAUCAUCAGCAAAUCAGGAGGUUACGACGUGUUCCCGCGAGGAGAAGCGCUGACGAUUUCUUUGAACCUGCUGCAGAGCGAGCUCUCUGCCUUACAGGCUGCCGAGUCGCCAUUCCUCACUGACGCAAUGAUAACACCACGGAGCGGCUUUUCGGAUGUGAUAGUUCCUGGCGACAAAAGGAAUAGCAUGUAUAUCACACUUGUCACCGGUGAUUUCUCCACGAGCCGGAAGCCUACGGUGCGAAAUGUACAGGUCACCUUACAAGUCAGACUGCCAGGUGGCGAUUUUGUGGAGGGAUGUCUUAGCAGUGGGACCGGAGACUCGGAAGGAAUAUACGAUUCGUUGGUGUACUAUCACAACACCAGCCCACGGUGGUCAGAAACCGUUCGACUCGAUCUGGCUCCGGAAAUCUUCAAAACUGCGCAUCUGUUCCUUACCUUCAGGCACUGCUCUUCAAAUGAUAAAGGUGGUGAGAAGGAACGGCAGGAACGUAACUUUGCCUUUGGGUUCCUUCCACUUGUUCGGAAUGGGCAGACGGUGGUCAACGAUUCCUCGCACUCUCUGGCGCUUUACAAAUACGACAAGCGAUUUACUUCUCCAGCCGUGUAUCUUCAGUAUCCGGCCGCAUCGGGUACACUCCAGGCGUCAUUAUCAAAGACCGAUGCGUACGGUUCAGGAGCCGAAGCCAUGUCGAGAUUGGCAGGGUUGAAAGAUUCAUGUGUCAUCCGGACCAGACUAUGCUCAACGCGGCUCACACAGAACGAAGGCUUGCAUAAACUUUUGACGUGGCAAUCGGGGGACACCGCGAGGAAGACCAACAUCGAGAGCAUCUUGUCGGAGUACCUUCUUCUCGGCGAGUUGGAGAUUAUCAAAUUCCUUCCGAAGAUUUUGGACGCGCUUUUCAGGAUGAUGGACAGCGAAGCGCUGACGGAGCCUACGCCUACCGAUGCACAGAUAUUUGACGCACUCGUCUUUACAUUCGGAAUCGUCAUGGAUAAGCGAUUUGCAAAUCACCGGCCGACGAUUGAGAAAUUCAUCGUCCGACGGUUUAGGAGCAAGAGGGCGUGCAAUGUCAUCAUGCACAACCUUCAGAACCUGGUGAAAGAUCCCGCCGAUAUCCGAAAAGGCAAGAAGCUCAGGACUACGAUCAAAGUCUGGAAGUAUCUUCUCAAAUUCGCAAUCCGGAGUGACCAACUGAGUGGGGAAGAGGCGGUGGACGAGGACGGCGCUCAGCCAGACGGUUCCGAUAUCCUGGACGAUGGGUCCGUAUCAGAUGCGCCAGGAAAAUCUUCCGAGACGCUUAUCAAUCCUACAGUCACCUUUCUUCAUAGCCUGGACUCCUUGUUCUCAUCAAUUAACGAGAUGAUGACCGUCACGGCGCCAGAACACGUCAUUGGAUCCCAAACGCUGAUGCUUCAGUACUUUUCGAGCGUUCUGCCUGAGCUGCAGCGCAUCUUCACUCCUAUGCAGCUAGUCAACAAGGCCGCAUGGUUCGUCGAUAGCGUGCGUGGCAACCGGACGAAGCUGACGGGAUACAAGCUGAUCCUCAUUCGAGACCUGGUCAAGGGGUCCUUGUUCGCGGACGCGAGGACCAGAGGGAUCCUGACGAACUGCGCUACGAGAUGGGUGACGGAAUGGGGCAAAGAGUGGGUUUUAUCGCAUCAGCGGACCGAGAACGAGGCGCCUGGAAGUGUCGCGGCGAAAGGACAGCAGGAGAAUCUUAAGCUUUGCUGUGAUAUCACCGGCGAAUUGGUCGAUAGGCUUCAGCGGAUAACGGAGAAGCGGGACAAGGAGUUGCGGGCGGAGCCGGCUUCUCCAGCAGGAAGUCUGGAGGAACACAGUGCCGCGAUAAAUGCCAUUGCAGAGUUACUCAUGGGUCUGCUGGAAAUCUAUCGCGUUCUGACGUCAGAUUUGGACGGCUCGAUGGGGAUCGAAGGCCGGCUUCGACGCAGAGACAGGCCAGCCAACCGAUCUACCCUUGGAGGGCAGAACAAAGACAAGAUCUUGCCUCGUUCGACCGAUCUGGCAUACCUGGCCGCCAUCAUCCUCUCCAUCGUCCAUCUCCUCAAAGACGAGCAACUGCAAUCAUAUUUAUUACGGUAUUAUGCUGAGAAUGGACCUCGGGAAACCGUGCGCUUUGUAUCACUGCUCUGCGAAGUCUUCGGCGACAUGAUUUCGGAAGAGCCCUUCUCGCCGUUCUGGGUGGGAAUGAACAUGAUCACCCAUCGAGUUGCGCUGCGGAUGCUUCGGCCUGUCAGCGAGCUGCUCCGCGGCGAAUUCCUUGAUUCUCGAGACGACGACGAGAACGGGGUCGGGAACAGGCUCAGCGUUGUUUUCAGUGUUGCGGAAAGCGAUGUGUCGAAUAUGGAUUAUCGUAGCAGUGCUCGAAGCUUCCAGACUGGCGUCACGCCCCACGGGACGGCGUUCAACAAUGGAGGGCCGAGCACGCGAUCUGACGGGUCUGGGACGCAAGCGCUCCUGCAUCGGUUGUGGGACAGAUAUUUCCAUCUGUUGCUGCAGCUGCUGAACUCGCAGUGGUUACAGAACGAGCGGUUCGGUCCUCAGCGUGCUCGUGUCGCACAUCGACUUGGGGCAGAUGUUCGUGGAGAAGGAGGAGAGAUGUUGCGGACCAUGUGGGAGCAUCUGGGGUCGACUGCUCGCGGCAAAGCGCUGCAAGCUGGGUUUAUUCCGUCUCUGGUGGGCCCGUUCUUGCAUUUGACGGCAUCCCCGCAUCCUGUCCUACGGAGUGCCGCUGUCGAGCUGCUAUUCAACACGAUCGAACCGGAAUUCGAACAAGUUGGUCACUUUGGCAGGGUGGAACUGGAAUGCAUUGAGCGCUUGCAUAUGAUGGUGACGCAAGAUAAACUCGGCGACGACGCUUACCGUAGCUUCAUCAUUGAUGCGCUCGAGAGGCGGUUCGAGACGAGGUCGAUGCUGACAGAAGGUGAUGGGAUGCACGACCGGGAGCUGACGGACCAGGGUCGAUCGUUUUUGAGAUGUCUGGACAAGUUCCUGGAACUCUCGCUUCAGAUCAGGGAUUUGCCCGCAGGCGAACAGCACGACGACGAAAGAGCUGAAGCAUUGCUGAACAUCCUCCGCUUCCUACGCUCCACAGGACGAACGGGCACAUAUGUGGAGUACGUGCAGAAGCUGGUAGAUAUGCAGCUAGAGAACAACAACCCUGUCGAGGCGGCUUUGGCGCUCAAGCUCCACGGUGACUUGUUCGAGUGGCGUAGCGAGGCGACUCUCGAGCCCGAACCGGCGUACGGCUUCCCUGAAUGGCAGACGGAGUUCGAAAGGAAGGAAGCGAUCUACCUCCGAUGCAUGGAGCUGCUCGAGAAUGGGCAGGCAUGGGAGCGUGCUAUCGAGCUGUGUAGGGAACUGUCUAAAGAGUACGAGAGGAACGCGUUCUCGUUCACCAAGCUGUCGGAUAUCCUCCAUCGUCAAGCUGACUUGUAUGCCGGUAUUACGGGUACCGCCAGGUCGCAACCGGAAUACUACCGAGUUGGUUUUUACGGUGUCGGAUGUCCACCCUCGCUCAGAAACAGGCAGUACAUCUAUCGAGGAGGCGAUUGGGAGAAACUAGGCGCCUUCUGCGAUCGGAUCCUUCAGAAAUAUGUCGGCGCCAAGCUCGCCCGAAGCAACGCUUACCCGCCGCCUGUGGAAGUAACGGAAGGCGAAGGCAUAUGGUUGCAAGUGACGGCCGUCAAGCCCGUUGUGGAUGUGCGGCAUUGGCAAGUUGUAAAGAACAGCGGACCGCUAGGCGCCAUCCAGUGGGAGCAAGCGAAGAAACAUCCCGACGAUGAUGAGAUUUCCUCCAAGCCGAGUUUCGAAGAACGCGAUGACGAUCACAAUAAUCUCGCGCUUGUGGAGCCCGAUCUGAAUCUAUACCGUGGCGGCGCCGACUUACAACGAGGGCCGACGACGUCCGUUGCGCUUGAAAAAGUGGACGAACGAGUUCGCGGGUACUACGAGUCCAAUGAGGUGGGCAUGUUCUCCUUUGCACGUCCGGUACGCAAAGUCCUGAGCGACGAAUCGACAUCGCUACCACCUGGCGACCCUGCCCGCGAAUUCCUCGAACUGUGGACGGAGAAGAUUGUCCUCGUUACGCAGGAUAGGUUCCCGUUCCUCAGUCGCCGCAACCCCGUUGUACGUGUCGAAAUCUUCGAGCUGUCGCCCAUCGAGAACGCAGUCAUUGCCGUGCGAGGCAAGACACGGCAGCUGCUCGAGUUGGAGAAGCGAUAUGCUCCCUUCGCUGGCGCUGUAGGGUCGAAGCCGCUACGACACAGUUCCGAUCUCGGGCCGCGGCGUGCUUAUGUGGCAGCACGGAGUGCAGGAGAAGGGAGUCUGGGACAGAAUGGCGGUAGCAGCCUGUCAGCUGCGGCUCUGGUGCAGCCUCGUAACAGUGUUGAGAUACCCAGCGUCAACCCAUUUACUAUGGCUCUGAACGGGGCAGUUGACGCACCUGUGAAUGGUGGAGUUCCGAUGUACAAACGAGCAUUCUUGAGUAGAGAGUACAGAGCCCAAGCGGAGGAUCAAGGAAAGGACAUUUUGGUCAAUCUUCUGGAACGCGCGAUUGAAGAACAGGUCGAAGCGAUACAUCGUUGUUUGAUGGUGCACGACAUCGUCGUUCCCAAGCCCAUGAGGCCGCUGCACGAAGAGCUCAUCGGAUUAUUCAACAAAAACUACGCUGACGACAUCACCAGACUAGGCCUGUCCACCUUACGUCCGACUCCAGCGACGUCUACUGCACAACCAAACGAAGCUCCAACGGCAGCAGGCAGUACGCCGAGUCUGCCCACCAUCGUAGCAACGCCUCUUGCCAUCGACCUGCCAAGUCUCCUGAUCCGCAACGGAUCUGGAGCAGGUCGACUCAAAGUGACGCCGCCCAUGCUCCGCCGACGAUCUUCAGGCGCACUCCGACACUCAGCAUCAACGGUCUCUUUACUGACGAGCACUUUCAAGCGAGAACAAGUUCAUAGCAUGUCAUCACAUUCCUCAUACAAUUCUGGCGGAGAUGGAACGACCAUCCGAAGUGCAACCACACCUCCGAUGUCUCAACUGAACACGAACCUUCCAUCGGCCUCAUCUCCACCAUACGAGUUCCCAUCCAUCCAUAGCGGCUCAACCUCUCCGUCGACACCGCGCGGUGGGCGCCGUUCGAGCGAGUCGAACCACGAAGAUAUGGGCGGGAGCAUCAGUGGGUCCAUUAGCAAAGGCAGUAGUAGUGGCUUCUUCCGGACCCAGUUUUCAUCUGUAUCGACGCCCAACCUCUCGCGGCUGUUUCAUGAGGGGCAGCAAGCGGAGACUGCGCGGAAGAAGAAGGACAGGUUCGGGGCGUUAGGGAAGUUAUUUGAUAAUUUACGAUAGAUUCAUGAGCCUUGAGAGAGAGAGAGGUGUAGAAAAAGAACGUCGAUGCAUUCAGUGUUAGUCUUAUUGAUCACAUCAUAUACCAUUGCUGCACCCGUUCAUGAUGCUUGCGAUCCACAAAGGACCUACUGGAAGGUGUGAUCGAACACCACAUAUCUAAUAUGCCAAUUCUUCGUUCGUUGUAUUUCUAUUCGCAUAUUGAUCAUAUUUAUAGCCUGCAGAA